UGCCGUAGCUAGCUACCUGUUUUGUGCGCGCAUGCGCUUAGUGAUUGAUGCAGUUUACUUUAGCAUCGUUUUGAAACAUGUCAGAAAAAGGAGAGGUAGACUUAACUGGAGCAAAGCAAAAUACUGGUGUGUGGCUUGUUAAGGUGCCAAAAUACCUCUCUCAGCAAUGGGCAAAAGCAACUGGCAGAGGAGAAGUAGGGAAACUCAGAAUAUGCAAGAAAGGAAACCAAGGAAAGCCGGAGGUGUCUUUUACUUUGAAUGAAGAGCUGACUGUGAUUGAAGGUUUAGAAGAUAAGACGGUAUCUGCACCUCGUGACCAUCCCUUUACCAUGCAGGCAGUGGGGGGUCAGAUCCUGGCAGUCUUCACAGAGAAUUCCUCGGGCCAGUCAGAAGAAAGAUCUGAUGGCAGCAGUUCGGGGGCGGGGGCAGGACCAGAUAAACUAUCCUUGGAGGGGGUAGUGGUGCAGAGAGCCGAGUGCAGACCUGCUGUUAGUGAAAGCUACAUGAGACUAAAGAAGUUACAAAUAGAGGAGUCCUCCAAGCCAGCCAGGCUGUCCCAGCAGUUGUCCAAACCCGUCACCAACAACUACAAACCUGUGGCCAAUCAUGAAUACAAUCGUGAGUAUGAGAGGAAAAAGAAAGAGGAAGGCAAGAGAGCAAGAGCAGAGAAGCAGCAGGUGUUGGACAUGUUGUUUUCUGCUUUUGAGAAGCACCAGUACUACAACAUCAAAGACCUGGUGGACAUCACCAAACAGCCUGUGACUUACCUGAAGGAAAUCUUGCGGGACAUUGGCAUCUACAAUAUAAAGGGAACGCACAAGAACACCUGGGAACUCAGGCCAGAGUACAGACAUUACCAAGGAGAGGAAAAGACAGAUGAAUAGUUUUACUUCUCCCAAAGGGAUGGCGUCCCCCCUGGAUCAGGCAUGAGCUCCCUUCUGAUUUUCUCUCCCAAACUCGAGACAAACCAGAAAACAAAAUGAUGGAAUAAAGGCUGUUUUUUGUGUGUGUUUUAUUAUGGUUCCCUCUCAUCCUUGACUGAAAACUACGUUCAUCCAACAGAGGAUGACUUUGAUGAGUCAAGCAUCUAUACAAUAUUUUAGCGUGCUGGAAAUGUGUUUAUAAAAUAGUUCAUAACAGUGUUUUUUGAGUUUUUGCAUCCUCAUGAUAAAGUGGGUUUUAGUGUUAUAGACUUGUAAUAUAGCGUGUUGAUUUUACUGCCACAUUGUCAUUCUCAUUUGACUGGUUAUUACCCAUUGAUUAAUAAAACAGUUUCAGUAAAA